AGUUGUAAAUUAACUAUUUUAUUAUAAUAAUCACAAAGUUGAGACACCAUGACUAUUUAUCAUCAGUAAUUACCGUGUGAGUGUAAACGGUUGACAGUAUAGACAAUAUACAGGGAGGAAACUGAAGAAUACGAGAGGUAUCUGCGAAAGAAAUUUCGAAAAGAAUUGGAAAAGGUCGCGGUACAAAAAUGUGCUUCUGAUGACGAUGCAAAAGGUAUACUCGAUCAUAUUUACAUGCAUUCGAGUAACGAAUGGCAGGGUGCGUUUCUGUCACUGAACAUUAACCUGAACAGGUACGCGUUUCAAAUUGCGCAAGUAUUCCGAAUCUUUGGAAGAUUAAUAGAAGAACAUCUGAGGCACAAAAAAGAGCAACACGUGGAGAUCACAUUAAUUGCACAUGGACGAAUAAAUCUGCAUGCUCUUGUUCCGAGUCAGAUAUACUAUCUUACAAAUGUACUGAAAUCGGUCACGUGUUUUUCGCCCUGGGGUUGCGCGGUAGAUGCAAAUGUCGUUUACGGUAUCGCUACAAACACGAUACGUAUCACCAACUUGAAAUAUUCUGGUCCCGUUAUACCCGGGUUACCAGGUGCCUUCAAUGUCCUACCGGAAAGAAUGGAUCUAACGCCAAACGUGAUUUUCUCACCCGUUGUGCACGGGGAAGGCGCCCAUCAGGCUUUGUUACAACUCAUCGCCCUUCUUCAGAGCCCUGCCGAUGGCUUGGUCAUACCGUACUUCACUGGUGUUGGAAACGACUUGCUGCCAUUUCCUGAGAUUCCUCUUUGGGUUUGCAGCAACGUUGUAGCGAUUUGCGGUUUCUUACUGAACGUCACAGUGAGUCUGAGGGUCGCCGCAUGCCUUUCCCCCGAGAAUGCCGGAGCCAUUACUAGUUUCCUCGGAACUGAUGGGUGUGACUCGCGCCUUACGCAGUACUGUCAAGUACCCAUGAAUAGGACACCGCCGAUAGCUAUGACAAAUUUGAUUACAUCACCACAGAAUGAUAUUCAGCAAUUGGAAGAAAUACGGGGACAUUUAUUUCUCUAAUUCAAAACGUUACACAUUUUAUCGAAUUACUUAACAGUCGCGAUAUUUUUUUAAAUGUUUUUAGAAUUACAAAUGCUUACCUUGUCUUGUAAUAGACUGUUUUGAGGAUUCUUUCUUCAAAUUUGAUAUCCAUAUAUUUUCGAUUUGUUAAAUAAUAGUUUGCAUUGAUUGACUGAACAUAUGAUAUGACAGUUUCUUUUUUAUUAUAAAUUGCAAAUAUUGUAUUUAUAAUAUCUGACGAAAAUGUGAAGUAAAUAACUGUUAUGACCGCUGAGCUGUCUGUGCGAUUAAUGUGAUGUCGAAGAGACGAAUGGGUUGACAAAAACUCAGUUGUAAUCACGUUGAGUAGACAAAUAUCAUAUGGAUUGAUUUGUUUGAUAUUUGAAUGUUUAUCUUUUCAAGUUCAAAGAAAUCUACGUCAACGUGGUAAAACUUUUAUUCUGGCUGCAACUCAAUAACCGUUCAGGAUACGUAUUACGUAUGUUACCAGAAGCAACGUUCACCUGUGUGGCAAUACCAAUACAACUGACGUCAAUGCUUUUUUGUUUCCUCCUUAAUAUUUGCCUGAUAUUAAGGUUUGCGUCAACCUACGGUCUUCUUAUAAAUGUGUUAUCAUUGAAACCGUUAUUCUGAGUAUCAUCCAUGCGUCAUACAUAAAGGGCGGUUGGUUUAUUUUUGUUUAACAAAUAGCCAGUUCGACAUGUAACAACAUAUCGUCACCUUAGUGCAAUAACUCAAUACCUGCAUAAAGAAAUAGAAGCAGAUAUUGCGUUCUUGCACUAAGGUGACGAUAUGUUAUUACUUGUAUCGUUUUCCUUCUUCUUACUUUGAUCUCUUGAAUUGCAGGCGUAAGAACUGAUUCUAAGGGCGGAUUAAUUCAUUUAUAGUCGUUGUCUUUAUUAUUAUUAUUAUUAUUAUUAUUAUUAUUAUUAUUAUUAUUAUUAUUAUUAUUAUUAUUAUUAUUUGUUUUAUUUACACUUUAUUGCCUUUAAUUUAAUACUGGCUCUGAUAUAACUUGUAAGUUAUCAUAAAUGAGGGUGUUGGGACAAGUCUGAGACUUGGUACUUAAACAAUGUUGUAAUAAUUGAGUGGUGUUGGGACAAGUUGGAGACUUGGUACUUAAACAGUGUUAGGUUGUGUAACAAUUAACAAGGUUACCCCCCACCCUCCCAAGUGAACUAUGUUUCGCCUACUGUCUGUGUUGAAAUGUAACGAUGUGUGUUUGUCCUUGAGCUAGGUUACCUCCCACCCUCCCAAGUGAACUAUGUUUCGCCUACUGUCUGUGUUGAAGUGUAACGAUGUGUGUUUGUCCUUGAGCUAGGUUACCUCCCACCCUCCCAAGUGAACUAUGUUUCGCUUACUGUCUGUGUUGAAGUGUAACGAUGUGUGUUUGUCCUUGAUCUUGUUUACCUCCCGACAUCCCCAGUGAAAUAUGUUCAGCUUACUGUCUGUAGUGUAUUAUGAGGUUGCGUGUUUCACGUGCUAGGCCUUAAACCUAGUGCCUCUAAUGGUGUUUUCGUUCAUAGUUAUGCUUCUUGGCUUGGGAUUGCACUGCGGUUUCCAUCGUAUUGUUCAUGUAUCAAUAUUUAAGCAAUAAGUGACAUUGUGUAUUCUUUGUUUUAGUAUUAGUAAUUUAUGAAAAGUAAAGGAAUAGCAAAAACGAUCUGUGCAUAUUUAUACCACCGACAUAAAAGGCGCUUACUCUUAUUUGCUAUUAGUGUAUACUACAAUAGUUUGCAUGUUCAUGUAUUAUUUGUAGUUCCUGACUUUUUCAAUAAAACAAUAAACUAUACCCGUAAGAAA